UCUCUUUUUUUCCCGAAAAACUUACGGGAAUUUCCCCUUUCUUUUUUUUCAUGUUAUGUUUUUAUUAAUCAAACCACAUUGAUGUCUCUUAAUCUCAUCAUAAGCUAUGCUACGUCGAAACGAAUACAAAUCGAGCUAACGUCUUAAGGUCUUAUUCACGUUAAAAUAGAAUUAGAGAUGCAGUUAAGACAAUUGGAGCAAGAUUUUUUUUUUAAACAUAUGAACAAAUUUCAAAACAUUCAAAAUAAAUAGGCCGGUCCUUGAAAUAAUUAGCCUUUAUAAAAAACUAAAACACAAAGGGAUUAACUUUUGUAUUUUAACUCUGAAGUCGAAUCCUCUCUUUCGCUUCCAAAUAUUUGUAUUUUAGUGUUAUUGGUCACGGGAAACGUGGAAUAUUUAAACUCGUCUGCUAUUUACAUACCUGUCUGAGUGUCUGUACGUGCCACAGGUCCUUGAUUAACUAAAUGAAAUCUUAUUGUUUUUUUUCAUUCACGCUCAUCUGAUAGUUAACAGUGUCUUCAGUGAAGUUGAUUAUCAACAGGAUUUUCUUACGAGCAUUAAAUGAUUAUUUACUGACGUUUAUAUGUCUUUAAUUGUCGAAUUGCACAACCUUAAUUCAUCUCCCGUGCUUAAACUCCCAAAGGUUUCAAGAUCCCCAGGUAAAAAAUUUUCGAGUGGCUCAUGAAAUUGAAAGUGUCUCAAUCAAUCUCAGGAUUUAGGUAAGUUUUUUUAAGAGACAAAUAAUGAAAUAAAUGCCACUUUAAGGUAAUUUAAGGUUUCUACUAAAACAUCAUGUCAGUAAUGAUUUUCAUUGUGAAGUUCAAUAACUUCAGUUAGUCUGUGAGUGGACUUAAGGCAAAGUCUGUUUCCCUUUGCAUUUCAUUAGAAGCUCAAAAUGCCUAUAGAUAGCCAAGAAUGAUUGUAAGAUAAGUGUGUCCAUACCUUUCUAACGCCUUCCUUUUUAAUCAAGUGCAAGACCCAAUUCCAUUUUUACGUCAUAAAGUCAUGACGUAUAGAUUAAAUUAAACUACGCGUGACGCGUCGCCUUGAUCACGCAAGACUCACAAUUUGACAUUUGAGCAUGACAAGGCAAGAAAUACUGAAUAAAUAAACUUCCCUGACCUCUAUUAAAUUAGAAUAGUUGAUCACUAGACCCGCUCUUAUUUUCCCGUGAAAUCUCUGUAGCAACUCGCACAUCACUUUGGAUAUUCUUCACUUGCCAUUUUAUUUCCAUUUCGAAUGUCAACUUGGUAACUGUGAAUUGUUACUUACAAUUUGUAAGUUUAUGUAGUUGCACGCCACAUCGAUGCGCAUCAGUUCCUCUGUCGAAACCUUUUAUUAAGUCUAUUUUGUUUGUUCAAUUUGUUAUCGUUAACUUUAUUUCGCUAGGGUGAAGAAGCAGAAAAUGGCUAAUAAAUUGAUGACAUGACUGAGAAGAAAUGUUAUACUAGAGUUAAUAUGAAUCCAGUAUACUCUUUAAAUGUAUAUAGUAUAAAACUGCAAGCUCACUCAUUAAUACUCAGAUUAAAGGAUUUGAAGUUUUAUCGACCUGAUAACCGAACGUCACGUACACGGAAAGGAUCCAUCGAACCGCUAUAUAUAGCUGCUCAUCUGAACGUUGCCAUUUCAAUUGCCGUCUGCUUGGCCGGACUUAACGUAAGCCAAAAUCGUUUGUCUGAUGUCGAUCCUCGUUCAGCUCGGAUCCUGUUGAGCAACAACUUUGAGAGUGGAUCCGCCGAUCCUUGGUACGACAAUUCGCCGUCCAGCGUCCACUGGAUUGUCGAAGAUUUCUAUUAUCCUGCUGAAGUCAGCAAUCCGCCUCCCGCUCCUUUGUCAGGUACCAAAUACCUGCGAGCUACCCGCAACUCCCAAUUGUCUGCCGGCCUUCUCAUAUUGCGCUCAGAGGCAUUCACGGCCUUGCCCGGUGACACGAUAACGUUCGAAUUUUGGAUUCGCUCCAGAUUCGACAGUGGCAACGUUUUGGAGCUUGUGAUUGCUGCUGGUGACGUUGAAACGACAUUGCUUACAUUGACGAGUUAUUCAACAGCAUCGAAUUUCAACUGGCGCCCAGCCUCUACCUCUCUCCGCGUGUCGGAACCAACCGAUGUGACGUUGAUUUUUUAUGGGUACUGUGGAUCAAACAACGAAGAUGCUAUCGCCAUCGAUGACAUUGUGCUUGAAACUCACGACAUCUCUACAACUGAGAUGAUGACAACUACUACUACACCGACCACUACUACACCGACUACUACUACACCGACAACUACUACACCAACUACUAUUACACCGACCACUACUACACCGACUACUACUACACCGACCACUACUACACCGACUACUACAACACCGACCACUACUACCCCAACUACUACUACGUCCUCAUCGCCAAUUCGACGGACAGUGGUAUUCAUCUACAAGACGACGCAAAAUGAGCAAAACAUGUUCAUUCGAGGUGGAAUCGAUGACAAAGUUGUUCGUCCUGUCUGCAUGGAUGACCAAGAUGCAGGGUCCUCAAAUUGCUCCGUUUCUAUUCAAGUAAAUUCUUUAGGUUUUGGCGCACCCUGGGAAUCAUACGAUGCCUGGAGAAUCGGCGAUACCAAACUUGACUGGUUCGGAGCUCAGGCAGGACAAGGAACCUACAUGGGUAGUUCCGCUUUCGGUACGCCUUUGGCCUGGACUACAAGUAAUUCUAUUUUACCGGAAUAUCAAGAACUGAACAAAUGGGGAGAUCACUAUCAUAUGGUGGAUUUUGACAUGGAUUGCUCAGAGACCGUAAACGGCUGGUUUGAUGUCGAAAUCGUGUAAACGGAUGAAGUUGAUUGUCGCCAUUCUGUUUGUUUCUCAUUGCCGAUCGAUGCAUAAUUGAAGUUAAUUUCACAUCUUUAUUGUUAAAAUUAUCUACAGCAUCCGGAUGGGAAACUGACAUUAUUCAAUCACCAUGCACUGGGACAGGAGCUCAUGGCCUUCCACCUUAUUCUGGCACCAAAAAUCACAUGGCCCGUUGCGGUUACGUCAAUAAAUUCAGUUUUGGCAGUGGUGAUUGCGAAAUCAAUGCAUUUUAAUUUAGUGUAUCAUUAGCAUUAUAGUAUUGCCUGCUGUUCUUCCAUUUUGUGUGCGACUUUAUCUUUGGUAAGCGGAUAGAUAUUAAACAUAAUUUGGUUUUAGUUUGGUCCAUCACUCAAUAAAUCCAAUUUCGUUCCAGUUUGAUUUUGUUGAUUGGAGUAGUUUAUAUAGUCACUCUAGUGAAUUAUAGUACGUUUUCUUAAUACUUAUUGUUUCAUUGGGGUGAAAAAUCGGACGCAGUCCACAUUACACUGUUUCAAAAUCAUGGAAAUGUUUUAUUUCAUGCAGUUCACUAACUUCACUGGAUUGCAAAAAAAAACAAAACAAUACACGGCAAUAGAUUUGUUUUUGCUGUUGCCAAUGGCUCAUCUGUUAAUGGUCAUAUUGUCACGAAAUUUGUUUCUUGAUAAGCUGCUGUGCUUUAUUUUGCACUGGCUUUAACAUGCGAGAUUCGUUUGUUUCUUGUUCUAAUUUUAAUUCUCUAAUACACGCUGUGAGACUUGCUA